GUGCUGUUUUAAUUCUGCACACCCGAGUUCAAGCGUUAGAAGCGAAACUGCUCCGGCUUGAAUACUGACGGGAACGAAUUGGAGGAACUACAGAAAUUCCGCUAACAGCCAGGCAGACAGAAUGGCAACCACCUGUGGAUUGAGAACUCUGAAGAAUGAGCCAGUGCCCCUGAAGUCUGUGUCAGUGGAGGUAGACGUCCAGGGUCACGUGGCAUCGGUCAACUCCACCCUUCAGUAUGAGAACCAGGAGUCCAAUCCCGUGGAGGCCAUCUUCAUCUUCCCCAUGGACAGCAAUGCUGCCGUUUACCGGUUCCUGGCCCGUAUCGACGUCGAGAUUGAAGCCCAAGUCAGAGAGAAGGAGAAGGCAAAGGAAGAGUAUGACGAUGCCAUAAGCUCUGGGCAGGAGGCCUUCCUGCUGGAGGAGAGCGACGAGAGCUCUGACGUGUUUCGACUGAGUGUGGGGAGUCUUCCUCCUGGACAGACUGCCUCUGUUACCGUGGGAUAUGUCAGUGAACUGGCUGUGCAGGCUGACCACGCCCUGAGGUUCUGUUUGCCUGCUGUGCUCAAUCCUCGCUACACCCCUGCAGGCAGCAGCAGCAUGACAACAGAGGCUUCUCCACAGGCUGGUGAUGUGCCAUACACUCUAUCGCUCACUAUGAACAUCUACACCCCCAGCUUUGUCCAGAGUGUGGAGUCUAAUUGCCCCCUCACCCCACUGGCGUUCCUCUCCCAGGACAAAACUCAGGCCAAAGUGAGUCUGGCCCCAGGACACCGAUUUGACCGUGAUGUGGAACUCCUGCUGUACUACAGUGAGCCUCACCAGCCCAUGGCCAUAUUGGAGGCAGGACAGCUAGGUGUUCAGUCCGGUUCAUUGAUGGGUGAUACUGUAGCCAUGCUGAGUUUCUACCCAGUAAUUGAGGCUGAAAAAUCAUCUCACGUUGCUUCCAGUGGAGAGUUUAUAUUCCUGGUGGAUCGCUCUGGAAGUAUGGAAUGUCCAAUGAACCAAAACAGUGGGGAUAAGAGCCGCAUCAGCAGCGCCAGGGACACUUUACUUCUGUUGUUGAAGAGUCUUCCACUGGGCUGUUACUUCAACAUCUAUGGAUUUGGUUCGGAGUACGAGUCUUUCUUCCCUGAGAGUGUGGAAUAUACUCAGGCCACCAUGGAAUCUGCUGUAGAGAUGGUGAAGUCAAUGGAGGCUGACUUGGGAGGAACAGAAAUCCUGCCACCCCUCCAGAACAUCUACAGCAAGCCCUGCCUUCCCUCACAUCCACGACAGGUAUUUGUGUUCACAGAUGGAGAAGUAGGAAAUACGAAAGAAGUAAUUAAUCUGGUGAAAAGCCAUGCUCACUCCCACAGGUGCUUCACCUUUGGCAUUGGGGAGGGGGCCAGCAGUGCACUGGUGAAUGGCAUGGCUGAGGGAGGCUCUGGACACCCACAGUUCAUCACUGGAUCGGAGAGAAUGCAGCCCAAGGUUAUGCAGUCCCUACAGUAUGCGUUGAAUCCUGUGGCAAAGGACAUUGCAAUGAAGUGGAACAUUCCAGCAGAAGUUUCAGUCACCCCUCUCUCGCCUCCUGUUAAUGUGCUCUUCAACCUGAAGCGAGUCAUACAGUAUUUCCAGCUCACAGGACAGAAUGCCAGCAAUAUGUCUGGUUCAGUGAGUCUCCAUUACAUUGUUGAAGAUAAACCUUUUGAGAACAAAAUCAGCUUUAACCUGAAGCCAGAUGCUGACAACAGCAUGCUGCUGCACAGACUGGGGGCCCGAAAAGCCAUUGUGGACCUGGAAGGGAAGGUGAGAGAGGGAGAUGACAAGAGUGCGAAAGAGAGAGUAGUAGAGCUGAGCAUCCAGUCAGGAGUGAGCUCCUCCUACACUGCGUUCAUUGGAGUCAACAGGGAGAACAAGGAGCCGGUCCAGGGGCCCCUACAGCGCAGACUUAUGGCAGCAAGGAGUCUAUUUGCAGGAAGUUAUCCUGUAAAUUCUAUUUGUGGUAAGGCCCCUUCUAUGGGCUUAAUCGACUGUGGCCUCUACGUACAGUCCCCUGAAUGUUGCGCCGCACCGUCUUCUGAUCAUUCUUGUGACACUGAUGAGCAGCGUUCUUCAUCCAGUGAGGAGGGUGAAUGUGAAGAUUAUGCAGAACAAGCAAAUAUUUCUGUGGAAGAACCUGAAGAUCCAAUGGUAGACCUGAUUGGUCUGCAGAGGGCUGAUGGGUCCUGGGAUCUCCAACAAUCUCUGGCUUCAAUCCUUGGAAAACAGGAAGAGGAAGUGGUCAAAGCAUCACCUGGAAAGCCUGAGUUUUCUUCAGUCUGGGCCACAGUGUUGGCAGUUCUAUGGCUGCAUGGAUAUAAGGCUGAAUCCAGGGAUGAGUGGCAGUUUGUGGCUAAAAAAGCAAUGACCUGGGUCAGAGCUCAGUCAGGGUUUGAUUUAACAGAGUUUGUGGCAGCUGGAAACUCCUUCCUGGGCCUCCAGGUGAAACUGUAGACCCUUGGCUUGCGAGAGUGAACCGCUUCCUAAACACUCCCAUUGUUGGUGUCCAGCUACCGAAAAAGAAAGAAUGACCCUAGCUGUGAGAGUAUUAAUGUUUCAACAUUAAAUAUUCCAACUGCUCAAAUCCCCAAGCUUUUAGAAUCAGUUUGAUGCCUUGGCAUGUUCAUUAACGAUAGCCUUUAUUGCAGGGGCAAAAAAAAAAAACAAUAAAUACUGUAUAAUCAAA